UGUCAGUGUGCUCUUUGUUCAUAUCUUGAGGUACGACCCUCCUUGUACCUCACUCACCUGGUUUACCAUAGACAUCCUUCCACUCACUGUUCUCGUCAUGUCGAACACCCCUAACAAGUCUAUAUACGGGGACGACGUGCCGCAGAGGGACCCACAACCCACUUUCAACCGGGCUUUGAGAAAUGGCAAUACGGUUUCCAUCGGACCGUCCAUGGGAUGCCCAUCACACGAUGAGCUUGGUUCUCAAAACCCACCGCUGGAUCCCAAGCUUCAAUACUAUGCAACGGUUGUAAAGGUGCGGCGCUGGCUGCAAGAGCUACCACCACAAGUGGAGAUGCUGUGUCCCUGUCGACUUCCUGCCACAGCCAUGCCACCAUGGCAGAUUGGAACGCCGACCACAUACCGACCAGCGACACAGAUGCCGGUCACUUACUCACCGGGCACAUUCGUUCAUCCCGUUGGAGUCGCGAGCCAGGUGUCACAUCCUGGCAAUGCGACUUUCCCUCAGUACUUCAGCGGAGGAUAUCAAAGUCAAGCACCAUGGGAGAUGCCUCAUUCAGGCUGUAUGGCGCAGCCAAUGCCUCGCCAGCCACCGCCUCCACCAUGGGGGACUGCCUACGUCUCCAUGAUGCCCCAGAGAUCGUCUCUUCCACUGCCGCCAGAGUCAGGUUAUACCAUGGUGCUGGAAGCAUCUUCGAUACCUGGCCUGCCCCUCUCUCACCAGCAGCCGCCUCCAUCACCGGGGUUUGUGGGCGCUCCCGUCGCUUCGGACUGGGCAGCGUUCCCGACGACGCCACCACCUUGUAAAGGUCCGCCACCACUGGCAUCACCUACAAGGUCUUUCCCGUCCCUGUUUCCGCAAUUAGCCCCACGGCCCACCAGCUCAAUGCCUGAACCGGACAUGGAGAUCCUCCAGGCCACGCCAGACAAUGAGGCUGUCGUCGAGGCUGUGGAGGAGAUUCGAAGGACAGAUAUUCGGCCAGCCACGAUUGAAUAUGCCUUAGACAGACCAAUCAGACCCGGUAAAAUUGUACGGCAGAGACGGAAGACGGCCAGCCAAGCAGGCAAGCAUAAGGGCGGCAAGGAGGACGGCGAGGCGGACCAUGCUGGAAGGAAGAAAGCGAGCAGAAGGCGUCCGACAGCAGAGACUCAGCAUGUAGAUGCUGUGCCGGAGCUCGCUUCUGUGCAAGAUGCUGUAGGUUUUAAGGAGCUCGCUGUUGCUGAGGUGGUCACUCGGGCUCAGGCACCUGCCGAUGCUCGGAAAGUCCCUGGUGGUGAGGAGAAGGUUGCUGUCGUUGAAGAGACCGUCGGUGUUCCAGAGGUCGCUGUUGCUCAGGAAGCCGCUCGUGAUGAGGAGGUUUCUGGCGCAUUCUUGGAUGAGGAUCUCCUGGCCACACUGCUGUUACGUUACAACCAAGAUGAGACCGUCGUAGAUCAUCGGCUUCUCUAGGGAUGUGAUGACAUCUCAUAAAAAGACGUUUGUUGGAGUUUGUAGGACGAUUCCGAAGAGGAAGCUGAGGGCUUCCCAACCUUGGACAAAUAUCGAUUCUGUAGGCCAUAGUCUUGGUGCUCUCGGGUGCGUAUCUUCAGCAGUGCAAUAUUUUCUCAACACUUCCCUAAUGGUUUCAGCAUAGUUCUCGGUGUAGCACCUAUCUUUUGGGUCACUAUUGGCUGGCGAGAAGACACUGCCUACUUCAUUGAGCCGUUCUGUGGGAAUGGGGGAGAACUGUAAGCAGACUUCAUCGCCGACAUGUC